GUUCCUGAGCCACAGCGCCGGGAGGUACAACCUGAGGUACAUGCAUUAUUAUGCGAUCCGAACGGUCGAAUUUAAUUUUUGGUUACCGGGUAGCCCCACAUGCGCCUACCAUUUACGUAGGUAGGUACCUACUAACAUAGCAGCAUAGUGGGGACCGGAGGCUCAAUAUCGCAAGACGGAAAAGGACCCCUCCAUCCCGUUAACAAGACGCGUUUCUUCAAUCCAGCAUCUGCAUUUUCACGUCUUCCAUAAACACAUAGUCGAGACCACCACCACCGUAAUUCCCGUCGCGAUGGAAGGCCAGGCACCCAAUCCUCUACUAUUGCCUCCGGAUCUCACACCGCUAGAGCAAGAGGUGCUCGAAGAAUACGAGCGGCUAGCAGAGAACAUGAAGAAGCUCGCAACCGUACUGGACGCUAUGGCCGGACAGCCCACCACCGAGAUUCUCGACGGCCUGCGGGAGCUCGAGCGCAAGACAAGCCUGGUAUUCACGCUGCUCAAGGCGAGCGUCUACAGCAUCGUGCUACAGCAGGAGAUCGACUGGGGCGACCAAGCGCAAGGCUGAGCGGAUGAUAUACAUAGAGAAAUUAACGACAUCACGAAAUAACCUGCACCUGCUACAUAUUGAGCCGCUUACUUAUGGUACGAAUGG